CCACGCUUGCAGGUUCUAGACGCGGGGAUGGAAAUCAUGGAAUCGAUGAAUCAAACCCAGUAUGCGUGUGUCCACUGCACCGUCGUUCUCCCCGUAUAAACGCGCGAAGAAAAGCCUCGUCUUCAAGAUUCCUUCUCUCGCGGAGCGUUAAUUCAUUCGUUCAAAUGGAAGAGGAGGAGGAUCGGAGGCUCCCAUCAUCGGAGACCAAUCAGGCGGAUCGGACGGCGGAGGCGGAGGCGGAGGCGGAGGACGACGAUCUAUCGGCGGCGACGGUGCUGGACCUCACCAGCUUCCAGCUCCACGAUCUAAACUCGGUGGAGUUCCCUCCGAGUCUCACCGAGUUGGACCUCACCGCCAAUCGCCUCUCUGCUUUGGACCCUCGGAUUGGUCAUCUCUCCGGCCUCAAGAAGCUCUCUCUCCGCCAGAACCUGUUCGAGGACGCCGCCGUCGAGUGCCUCUCCCGCUGGGACCGCAUUUCAGGCCUUGAGGAGCUAGUGUUUCGGGAUAAUAAACUGACAAAAGUACCCGAUGUCAGCAUAUUCAGGAAGCUUUUGGUGUUUGAUGUCUCUUUCAAUGAGAUUUCUUCCUUGAAUGGCCUGUCUAAGGUCUCCAACACGCUCAAGGAACUCUAUGUAUCUAAAAAUGAAGUUACAAAGAUGGAGGAGAUUGAUCACUUUCAUGAACUACAAAUUCUUGAACUGGGUUCGAACAGAUUAAGGGUAAUGGAGAAUUUACAAAAUUUAACAAACUUACAAGAGUUAUGGCUGGGUCGGAAUCGUAUCCGAGCUAUCAACCUAUGUGGACUCAAAUGCAUAAAGAAGAUUAGCUUGCAGAGCAAUCGUUUGACUUCUAUGACUGGAUUUGAGGACUGUGUGGCUCUAGAAGAACUUUACUUGAGCCAUAAUGGUAUUGCUAAAAUGGAAGGCCUCUCAACCUUGAUAAAUCUCCGGGUCCUGGAUGUGUCAUCUAAUAAGCUAACUGCAAUUGAUGGCACUGAGAACCUGCCCGGAUUAGAGGAUCUUUGGCUUAAUGACAAUCAAAUACAAUCACUAGAAGGUUUUGCUGAGGCAGUUGCUGGUUCAAGAGACAAGUUAACUACCAUCUACCUCGAGCGUAAUCCAUGUGCACAUUCUCCGAGUUAUGUGGCCACUUUGAGGCAAAAGUUUCCCAAUAUUCAGCAAAUCGAUUCUCAACUAUUUGCGUAGAUGUUCGUGGCUUUGGGUGGGAAUUUGUUCAACGGGAGGAAAGUUUACACAAAUUUCUGCUUCUGCAAUAAUUCUGUAAUUUUGCUCAUCACCAAGGCAACCCAUCAACAUUGCCUUGCAUUCCAUCUUGAGUUGGUGCAAGAUUUGGACUUAUAAAAGGUUAUGGUCUGCCAAGAAGUUGACUCAGUUUUCCCAGAAACAACACAGAAGAGAAGAGGCAAAGUUUUAACCUUUUGGAGCAAAGUUGCAAACAAGGCAAUUUUACGUACUGGCUUUCCCUUUCAUUGCCUCUCUCUCUAGCGCGCGCGCUUUUUGGGUUAGCGAAGUUAUAUUUUGGUAUUGUCUUAUUUAUUUUCCUCUUUAUCCUUUGGGCCUUUGCAGUUUGUAAGGCGCUUGGGCAUGCAAUUUGAAACCUCUAGCUCAUAAUAGGUUCUGUUUCUCAGAUUA